UAGCAACCGCGUGGUGUAUCGCUUCAGUCAGUCUCAUUGACGGAGUUGGAAGAAAGUGCGCUGCGUGUGUGACUGCGAACUGGGUGCUGCGAUGUGUGAGUGAAUGCGUUCUUGUUGACUUUGUCACGGAAUUGGAAAACGAUUGUUGAAUGUGAAUGCGUUAUUGAGUUAACCGAGAAAACAACAGGCAACCGACUGAAAGGAGAAGCUCCGAACGACGACAACGACGUAAAGUAGUACCGACGACAAUACCUUUACCGGAACGUCACGAGCGUGUCAUUAUCCGGCGGAGCGAACUGUGUGCGAGGUGUUACCAACAUCAUCCCCCCUCUGCCCAAACAGAAGAAGAGCGAUUGCACCUCCGACACAAGCAAACGACUCUGUUAUUUCCUUGCCAAAGGUGUGCGUUUGUAAAAUAGUCGAAUAUUCUUCGUGUCCUUAAAUCCCUAACGCCUCCAAAAUCUAUCCUAUCUCCUUUCGGAGGCUACUGUAUCUCGGCAACCGGCGUGAACGAGUGAGUUGAGUGUGCGCGCAUCUGCAGCACCCAUAAAUGAAUGUGCGCGCGCGUGUGUGAAGUAUGCAAGUUGUUGCUGUGUAGCUAUAUAUCUUUGGUAUGUUUGAGCGAGAUUGUACGAAUGUUUGCUUAAGAAAACACGGUGCGAACGAGAAGGAAGAACGAUUAUACGAAACUCUGCGAAUCUCAGGUGACCGCGUGGUGGCAUCGUCAGGAAAAUUCUUCUUACCACCUGUGCGUGUGUCUGUUGGCGUGUGAGAUAGACAUCCCAACGAUCUUCGGACUUAAAGUACAUCAAUUGAGAAGGACAUCAUUCCGCUUGGAGAGAGUACCACUAUCUUCAAACACCACCACCGCCCGGCGAUCUUCAAACGAGAGAACACAAGACUGACGACCGAACAUCCUUCUAUCGUAUACUCGGUUGGUAACCAUGCCAAUACCAUUCUUACCAGUCUAGUAGCCCAGCGCAAGGAUAACAAACACACAUACACACACAAAGCAGUUACAAUUGAAAUUACAAAAGAUUUUCGAAUGACUGUCAAGACGUUAAAGUGAUGAUAGCCUUUUAAGGAUGCUUGCAUAAGGAAAACAAAAUUGAUGCAAAACUGCAAAUUUUAGUACAAAGGUGGAUUGCUACAUUUGUUGCUAAUUGACGCUCAUAGAGAUUCCUCAAUUCCGUGCAUCCUUUCAACCGACCAUUCAACAAACAAACAACUGCUACCAGCACCACCACCACCACCACUACCACCGUCAUCGGAACCAAUAGAUUGAUCGUCUCUCCUGCUCUGGGGGUGAAUGCGGAAGGAUGAAUGCGUAACCAAGGACGACGGCAAGCAAAUCAACAAUCUCGACUGGUGUGAGAAUGUGUGAGUGUGAGCAAGUGAGCAUCGGAUGUAGAUGAGAAGAAGACCAGAGGUUUGUGAGGGACCAGUAGCAGGCAAGCGAGUGCGAGAGAACGUGUGCGUGCGUGCAAGGAUAGUGUGAAUGAGUAUUUAAAGUGCAUUUUGUAAAAAAAAACUGCUGCUACUUGAAGAUCCUGUCCACAGGACCGGCUGUUUAAGUGGAGAAGAACGUGUGAAAAUCAGCUAAGCACACCCAUCCAAACGAUUAGUAGAUAAAAGCCACCAAGUGGUGUUGUAUGUGUGGAGCAAAGUUUGUGCAGUGCCGUGUGAAAGCGAUUUGGAUGUGUUGCUGUGGACGGAGUGUUUAAAGAAGGAUCAUUGUGUGGAGCACAACAUUGUAAAGACAUCAGGCAAUAUCAGCAAAAGUCGAUCGAUUGUAAAGCGGUUAUAGCAACGAUGGCUCUUCCGAUGAUACGCCUCGAGGAGGCGAACCAGCUGUUGGACUUUUCGAAAAAGCUAGACAUUGACCUGCUGGACAACAUCGUCUCGUGCUUGUACAACAGCACCGGCGAGCAGCUGCGCCUGGCUCAGACCGUUUUGACGACACUGAAGGAACAUCCGGAUGCGUGGACGCGCGUCGACAGCAUACUGGAGUUUUCGCAGAACCAGCAGACGAAGUUCUACGCGCUGCAGAUUCUGGAAGAAGUGAUCAAGACGCGUUGGAAAAUUCUGCCGCGCAACCAGUGCGAAGGCAUCAAGAAGUACGUGGUCGGGCUAAUCAUCAAAACGUCACAGGACCCAGCAAUGAUGGAAGCGAACAAGGUGUACCUGAACAAGCUGAACAUCAUCCUGGUGCAGAUACUGAAGCGCGAGUGGCCAAACAACUGGGAAACGUUCAUCAGCGACAUUGUCGGUGCGUCGAAAACGAACGAAACACUUUGCCAGAACAAUAUGAUCAUCUUGAAGCUGUUAAGCGAGGAGGUGUUCGACUUCUGCUCCGGCCAGAUCACGCAGACGAAGGCAAAGCACCUGAAAGACACGAUGUGUUCGGAGUUUGCCCAAGUCUUCACGCUGUGCCAGUUUGUGCUGGAGAACUCGCUGAACGCACCGCUGAUCUCAGCGACGCUGCAGACGCUGCUAAAGUUUCUCAACUGGAUACCGCUCGGGUACAUUUUCGAGACGAAGCUGAUCGACAUGCUGGUGUGUCGCUUUCUGACGAUACCGAUGUUCCGCAACAUCACGAUCAUGUGCCUGUCGGAGAUAGCGGGCCUACAGCUGGCGAGCUACGAUCACGUGUUCAUUGCCUUAUUCAAGCAGACGAUGGAACAGUUCGAUUCGAUGAUUCCACCCAACACGAACAUGAACCAAAUCUACAUGAAUGGGUCGGACGACGAGCAGUGCUUCGUGCAGAACCUGGCCAUGUUCCUGUGCACAUUCCUACGAGUACAUGCGACGCUGGUCGAGAAGCGCGACACGAUGGACGUGGUCCUGAAGGCGCUCGACUAUCUGGUGAUGAUCUCCGAGGUUGAGGAUGUGGAAAUUUUUAAAAUCUGUCUAGAGUACUGGAACAGUUUGACCGGCGAGCUGUACAAGGAAGCACACACCUCGAGCCAGCGGCGCACGUUCUACCACAAGAUCUUGUCGAAGGUGCGCUAUAUCAUGAUUUCGCGCAUGGCUAAGCCGGAAGAGGUGUUGGUGGUCGAGAACGAGAAUGGCGAAGUGGUGCGCGAGUUCAUGAAGGACACAAAUAGUAUUAACCUGUACAAGAAUAUGCGCGAAACACUGGUCUACCUGACGCAUCUUGACUAUGCGGACACGGAGCGCAUCAUGACGGACAAGCUGAACAACCAGGUGAACGGCAGCGAAUUCUCGUGGAAGAAUCUAAACACGCUCUGCUGGGCGAUAGGCUCCAUUUCGGGCGCAUUCUUCGAGGACGAUGAGAAGCGCUUCCUGGUGACCGUCAUCAAGGAGUUGCUUGGGCUUUGCGAGCACAAGAAAGGUAAGGAUAACAAGGCUAUCAUUGCGUCAAACAUCAUGUACGUGGUCGGACAGUACCCACGCUUUCUGCGGGCUCACUGGAAGUUCCUCAAAACGGUCGUAAACAAGCUGUUCGAGUUCAUGCACGAAACGCACGACGGUGUACAGGAUAUGGCCUGUGAUACUUUCAUCAAGAUAGCGCUCAAAUGCCGCCGGCACUUUGUCCAGCUACAACCAAACGAAUCCUGUACCUUUAUCGAGGAAAUCCUGGCCACCAUGAGCAGCAUCAUCUGCGAUUUACAACCUCAGCAGGUUCAUACAUUCUAUGAAGCGGUCGGGUACAUGAUCUCUGCUCAGGCCGAUCAGGUGCAGCAAGAUAUUCUGAUCGAAAAGUAUAUGAUGCUGCCAAAUCAGGUUUGGGACGAUAUCAUCUCACAAGCGACCAAGAACGUUGACAUCCUGAAAGAUAUGGGCGCAGUGAAGCAACUCGGCAGCAUACUUAAAACGAACGUACGCGCCUGCAAAGCUCUGGGGCACUCGUACGUGUCGCAGCUUGGCCGCAUCUAUCUCGAUAUGCUGAACGUGUACAAGAUCAUGUCGGAAAACAUUACGCAGGCAAUUUCGCUGAACGGUCUGUCCAUCAACAAUCAGCCCCUGAUCAAGGCAAUGCACGUUGUAAAGAAGGAAACGUUGACGCUCAUCUCCGAGUGGGUAUGGAAGUCGAACGAUGCAAAGAUGGUGAUGGAGAACUUCAUUCCACCGCUGUUGGAAGCAGUGCUGUUCGAUUAUCAGCGUACCAAGGUUCCGAAUGCUCGAGAACCGCUGGUCCUGAGCACAAUGGCAUCGAUAGUAAACCGGCUGCAGGCUGUCAUCACGCCGGAGAUACCGAAAAUCUUUGACGCGCUGUUUGACUGCACGCUCGACAUGAUCAACAAAAACUUUGAAGACUACCCACAGCACCGAACCAACUUCUACGAACUGUUGCAAGCGGUCAAUAUGUUCUGCUUCAAAGCGUUCCUCAGCAUUCCGCCCGAACAGUUCAAGCUGGUGUUUGAUUCCAUCGUAUGGGCGUUCAAGCACACGAUGCGAAAUGUGGCCGAUACCGGGUUGAACAUACUGAUGCAGAUGCUUCAAAAUCUCGAACAGCACCCGCAGGCAGCACAAAGCUUCUACCAGACUUACUACACCGACAUACUGAUGCAGAUCUUCUCCGUCGUAACGGACACGUCACACACGGCCAGUUUGCAGAAUCAUGCCACCAUCUUGGCGUACAUGUUCUCGCUGGUGGAGGCUGGCCGUAUCACGGUCAAGCUCGGUCCGUCGGACGACAACGUGCUGAACAUCCAGGAGUAUGUGGCGAUGCUGCUCAAGUCCGCCUUCAGUCAUCUGACGGGAAAUCAGAUCAAGAUUUUCGUCACCGGCCUGUUUAACCUGGAUCAGGAUGUGCACGCAUUUAAGGAGCAUUUACGAGAUUUCCUUAUUCAAAUUAAGGAAGUGACCGGAGAGGACGAUUCGGACUUGUACCUGGAAGAGCGGGAGAACGAGCUAAAAAAGAUACAGGAAGAAAAGCGACGCAUGCUGAUGACGGUCCCAGGCAUGAUGAAUCCGCACGAAAUGCCGGAGGAUAUGCAGGACGAGUAGGAUGCAAGCGAUCGGUUUGCGAGGAACCACCACCAUCCACCUUUUCCUACCUUUAUUCCACAACCACAACCCUGCUUUAGUACUUCGCCAAACUCUCAACGGAUCAUUUCAACAACAACAGUACUGUUGCAUUAAGCAACAUAUCCCCGCGUAACAGCUUAACAACCUCUUUCCUUUUGGAGGAAAUUCGCGAAUCGUGCACGAACGUGCGAAAACGAUAAACGAGAGCAGUGACAAAGUAGGUCGUUCAUGGGAAAGCCAAUCUUCCUAAAAAGGACACGCCCAACACGCAAGACACGACGGCUUACUGCGAUGAAAGGAGGAAAAGUGGGAAAAGAGCGUGUGUGUGUGUGGUUGGUUGUAUGUGCGCGCGUAGUAUUUAAGACGUUUUUUUUUCCUUUUUUUGUGCAUUCUAUUGGAAGUAGUAGAGCGGUUUGGAGUGGGUUUAUGUUUUGAGCACCACACAUUUACCGGAAUGAUCAUAUUUUGACAUUCUACCGUCACAGAGCGUAACACGUUUGCGCGCUCGUGUAUGUGUGUGUGUGUGUGGGUGGGUGCGCUAAUGUUUGUAAAGUGCGCAUUAAUUGAUGAUUGCAUGAAUGGGUAAACAGCAGGCAGGCAUGUAAAAAAAGCAUUCGCAUCUCCUUCUGUUGGAAUACACGGUAGUACUAAUACAUCUUGGACAUCGGCGAAGAAAUGUUUGUCAGCGACUACUAGAGCGCAUGUUAGAGGUGGCUUCAUUUGGGUGUGGAAAAUGCUAUGAUAAACCGAAUCGAAUGCUGUUAGUUUGGCGGAUGAAGAGCAUUCGAUUAUUUUUUUUUCACUUUUUUUUUUGUACGAACCGAUAUUCCGCAUUUGCUUUGAUCAUUGUUAAAGAAAAAGAAAUCCUGCAUCGAACACAAGUCUUGCUUUCUCUCUCGCUCCCUCCCUCUCUCUCUGUCGUAUCCACUAGCAACUAAUUUGUCUUUGUUUGAGUUUUACAUUUUGAAUUGUCUGCAAUACGAAUGAAAACUAAAUGAGCGCGCGUGAAGAUUUAUUUUCCUCUGUGUUAGCACACAAACAUGGCGUGUGAGGACAAUAAUUAUGAAGCACCUUCCGGUUGAACUUACUUGCUUGCGGGCAUACGAUUUGCUAUUGAACGUUCGAUUAAUUCUUAUCGAAAUUAAAUGUCCCUUACCAUAUGCUAACGCGUAGCCAUGCAUGCGUAAAACAAACGGUGCGAUUGUUUUGUAAAUAAAAGUUGGUAGAAGAAUGCUAACAAACUACCGUUUUUUUUGGCAACUACGUACGCGAAAGAUUGGCUUUUCCAGGCUGACUCUGGAGCUUUGUGUUUUUCUUUCCUUUCCUAUAUAUAAGCAUAUCUACGAGGAGUCGGCCUGUUUUUUGCAUUUUACCAUGUGCACCUAACCCAGACGCAUUGUAAGGAUCCUUACACAAUUUCACGUGUUCCCCCGAUGGAGUAAUGACUUUAGGCAAACUUGUGUUUUUUUUCUAAUUUAUUGUCUUGGCCACUGAGAAGAACUUAUUGGAAAAGAGAAUAUUACAAACAACAGCAGCUAAUACGAAAAGGCACCCACCGCACCAUUAUACCACCAACACCACCACCACCAGUAAACAUGAUGUAAAUUAUCUUGCUUUUCUUCUCCUUCUCACUGUCAAUUGCACGGUGUAGAGUGCAGAAGGGUGGUGGACAUUUGCAUUUCUGGAAGUGGUGUAAUAAAACACCUUUCAGCCCAUAAAACAAACCGUGUCACAUGGCGCAAGCAAUGUGUGAUUUUGAUGCUGAUAAACGAUCUAAGCAAUCUACGACUUACUGUGUUGUUCUCAGCAAACAAAUUACUCACGUCUCACAAUAAUGAGCAGUGAGAGAGCCUGUGGUGUGUGUGCAGGGUCGCAUCUCGAACCGCGCAUUGUUUGGAACACAGUAGACAGUGAAAUUCCGUUCAUGAUUAAUCCUUUCUCGGUUUCGGGCGGUCUUUUGCGGAUCGAUUUCGGAUCGAAUGUGCAAAUGUGCGACAGUUUUUGUUGAGGUACAGAAAAUGGGAAGCAGCUCGCAGACGAUGACGACGCGGUACUACUAGUAGUUGUAGAAAACAUCUCCCUUUCGUAGAUUGUAAGAUGGUUAGUGUGUAGAGAGUGAGUACCGGCGGGACGACGACGACACACAAAAAUUACAAAGUUUCGUUGCGUGUGCGUGCGUGAAAAGGGAAGAGGGAUCAACGAGCGAAAAUAUGUAUGUGUGCGCGAGCAAAAGUGUGUGCGUGUGUGUGUGUGCGUUGUCUUAUUAGAAGACGGAAGGAUAGUGUGUGUUUUUUUGUUCGUUUUUAGUAACUAUUAAGCGGAGUUGCGUGAACGUGUGUGCGUGUGUUUUCUCUCACCAUCUUCUCUCCAAUAGCUGCAGUAGGAUGAUCGAUGCGCGCUGAUUCCCCAGCCCCCCAAACAGAAGGAUACAAGAAGAAGUAAAUUGCGGCGUAACGCAAGAAAACAAAAAAAAAACAAAACAGGCAAACAAAGCAUUUAGGCAAAAGCAAAAACUAAACGCAGCAGGCGGGCGGGCAGAGAAUGAACAUAAAAACACAAACAAAUAAAUGACGCAGGUUUGUUGCAGCAUAGAAACCAACACAAAAUAAUGCGUGAACGAAUGUGUGUGUGUGUGUGCGUGCGCGCGUGCAGAGGGCAAAGAGAGGCGGACGGA